AUGGUAUCGCCAUCCCUGACAUUCUCUGCUUUUCUUGUCUUGGCCUGCGCUGUAGGAACAUCCGCAAGUCCAAGCGUUGUCAACGUCGUAGAUUUAGGAUAUGCGAAAUAUCAAGGCUCGGUAAAUCCCACUUCGAAGAACACCGAGUUUCUUGGAAUGCGAUAUCCCGCGCCUCCUACAGGGACACUACGUUGGAGAGAACCGCAAGCACCUGCCACAACCAGCGGGGUACAGCUGGCCAACUCGCAACCAAAUCAGUGCUACCAGAGUACCUUAGGGGUGGCCCCUUCUUCUCCAUUCAGGACUUCCGCAGUUUCGCGCAGAGACACGCCCAUCUCUGAGGAUUGUCUCUUUCUAAAUGUUUGGGUUCCCGGAACUCUUCAACCAAACCGAAAGCUGCCUGUCCUCUUUUGGAUUCAUGGUGGUGGUUACACUUUAGGAAGUGCCUCUGGCGUGAUUCCCGGCGUGUUCGACGGAAGUGAUCUCAUCAAGGAAGCUGGAGGAAAUGUUGUCGUUGUUGUCAUACAAUACCGACUAGGUGUGCUUGGGUUUUUAUCGAGUUCACAAAUCAAGGCAAAUGGAGCGUUGAAUGCCGGUCUUUUGGAUCAACAAUUUGCCCUCAAGUGGGUGCAACAACAUAUCAGCAAGUUUGGAGGCGACCCAACCAAAGUUACCAUUUGGGGAGAAUCCGCAGGAGCUGGUUCCGUCAUCCAACACAUCGUUGCGAACAAUGGAAAUACCUACCCUCCACUCUUCAGAGGCGCAAUGACGAGCUCUACUUUCUUACCUUCGCAAUAUAAUUAUAACGAUAGAAUUCCACAGUCGUAUUAUAACAGUGUUGUCACCCAAACAAAGUGCAAUACCGUAGCUGACACCCUUAACUGUCUCCGCAACGUUGACGCAGCAGUUCUCCAAGCUGCAAAUAUGAACAUCGCGGCGAGCGUUUUCUACGGCACAUGGGCCCCACAGCCUGUCGUCGACGGAACGUUCAUAGCUGAUCGGCCUAGCGUCCUCUUGAAAAAAGGAAAAAUCAACGGAAAAAUGUUGCUCUCGAUAGUGAACAGCCAUGAAGGCGACGCUUUCGUGGAUCAGACUACGGCUGCUACCGUACAGGUCCCCGAUUACAUCGCAAACCUCUUCCCAAAUCUCGGAGCACAAGACAUUACAACGGCCGCUAAGCUCUAUCAAGGUCUUGGAAGCAACAUAGAACAGGCAAAUCUAAUUGCGGGAGAGCCCAUUCUUGUUUGUCCUACAUAUUACCUCCUCAAAGCUUUCAGCGGACGCGUGUUCAAGGGCGAAUCCGCCGUCCCUCCUGCACUUCACGGGGCUGACGUCAACUACUACUUCACUUCGUUCAUACCCGCCGGAACAUCCGUCAACGCUUCUUUACAAACAGCAUUCUCAGGCGGAUUCGCAAACUUUGUUCAGAACCUCGACCCGAACGAUAAGUCCAGCGGCCCAAACAUCACGCCUCGCUGGAAUACGUGGAGCUCGCAGCAGCACAAUGAGAUGCUGUUCAAUGUGACGGCGGCGGGUGUGGCGGAUGUUCAUGCUUUCCAGACGAAUGCAGGGCUGCUUCAACGUUGCGCGUUUUGGGAGAGCGUUGGUGCGGGGACGGCUAUUUGA